AUGCUGGACGCAAGCAACAUAGAGCCAAUUACGGGUGACCGCAAGGCAUAUUUCGAAGAUCUCCGCAAGAACCAUACCCCUCAAUUCCUAUUUCGUACUUGGAGCAGCAAAAGCGGUGGAGGACCAGAAUACGCAACUAACAAUGUUAAGGAGAUCAUUCCGCACGGCUUCAUGAAGGAGGCUCCAGAGAGGGCCUUCUAUGAGAAGCCAGAAAGUGAGCUUUACAGAAUGGUGGCAACGCAUUACAGCAACGAUAAAAGGCCUUGGCUCAGCUCCGAGUUCAGCUCAUGGACUGGGUCCCUUCAUCUAGCGCUCUACUAUGCUAGGUCCAUAGACGCAAAGCACGACCCCCACGUCGCUGUCAUGGAUACGCAGCAGCUGGAUGGAGAGGUCCUCGUGUGGCACAUUCCGCACCUAUAUUACGAGGGUGGGCUUCAUGAGUACAUGGCACAUGGCCCCAUCAGAGGCAUUGGAUACAAGGCAGUAUCGUACAAAGCCUUGAUGUCAGCUGGUCUAGCGAAUGUUUUUCCCGAGCUAGAGGUAGUGGAGGGGGACGAACUCGACUUCGGCAUUGACUUACGCAAACAGAUGUUCAACAAACCCCCAAUUCCGUUUCCAGUAGACAACAUUGAGGAAUCUGACGAGAUCAAGCAGAUACGAAAGAUCGCUGAUCUUUACGAUCAUCUUUCGCUACCGGUAGCGACUAGCUUGAUUUGUCUGAGGCCGAGACCGUGGAUACGUUCGCAGCCUGAGGGCAGGGCCGCAUUGGAACAGGCCGCGAAGCUGUUCGCGGGCGCGGAGCUGCCCAGAGAUUUGAGAAGGGGUAAUUGGCUUCGCGAAGGAGUGGUACUGACUGAGUCUCCCAUGGAUUCAAUGACCUUUCCUGACGUGCGACAGUGGAUCGAGCUCCUCCGAGCUAUCUGUGAACGCACAGAAUGA